GUGUGGUGACGGAACAUGCGGAAUAGCCGCUUCUCAGCCCGCGUUGUGCCAAUGACUUAAUGGUAUCUAAUCUCACUCCAAUAUUUUGGGCACGAAGCCAGAGUGGCGAGUAACUCGCGUCCAGCGCACUCUGAUAAAAAAAAGAAAGCAAACGUUAUCAGUGUUAGAUACGCUAAAAUACCUGCGUUCUUGUUAAAGACAAGAUCAGUGUGUGAGUGUAUCUACAGCGUUCGAACGAUUGAAACUGUUGUUAAAAAAUACGCAGAUGACAUUAUUUUUAGCUCAUGAUGCUAAACAGUCGUUGCGUCUCUUUUGGCAAGCUCGGCCAAGGUCACGCGCCGCGCCAAGGUUAGGAAUCGGAACUGUACUUAAUUUGCGUAUAAUGUUGGUACAAUGUUGUAAUAUCACCUGUGUCGUCCGAAAAUUUGCUUCCAGCCUAAGGCCGAGAAGGAUCCAAUGGGAUUUUGAUACUUUGAUUUUGUGUUGAGGAGAACAGUGAACAUGGUGCGUGUUGGUUGCUGUCAUUUUGACAGGAUGCUUCGAAAUCUAAUGAGGACUCGAUUCAUCAAAUCAACCUUUGUGGCCGGAACGAUAAUUAUCUUCAUUGUGGCGCUGCGCAAGUCGCAUGUGAACAUCCGGUUGGAAGACGGAAUCGAAAAAGAGCAGCAGACUGUAAACUACACAAAUGCAGUCUGUGCGUUGCCACGUUACGAUCCUUUCGACCCGUCGAUCCAACAAUAUAUCACGGGUUGGUCUCGAAUUGACUGCGGAACGCCGCAGCCGGCGCUCACUUUUCUGGGCAAAAAUGGUCUGCUGCACGUCGACCGGACGACUGCAGCGGGAAAGGAUCUAUACUGCUAUUUCCAUGAAAUUAUUCGAGAGGAAAAUGAUGACAACAAAUUCGAAUUAGGCCCUCCGCAAAUCAUUUUUGAUCCUGAAAGCCUCCCUUACGAAUAUAACAUCGUAACAUGCGAGCAAGUAUUGACUGGUGAAGUGAUUUACGUAACCGGGUACACACAAAUCAGAAAAGUGCCUGAAGUCAUCGCAAAAAAGAGCAAGAAGGCGUCUAAAAAUGGAAGGGUCAACGUUCUUAUUUUCGCGUUUGACUCCAUGUCCAGACUGAACUUCAUUCGGCAGCUGCCCAAAACGAGCAAGUUCAUUGAGGAACGCGUCAAAGGGGUUGUCAUGAAUGGUUUGACAAAGGUGGGAGACAACACCUUUCCAAACAUGCUGGCUCUACUUAGCGGCUUCACAGCGAAAAGGUACAGGGAUGAAAAAGCCCUUAGCCCAUUUUGGCUAGACGAUUCAGGGUACUUUGACCACCUACCCACUCUAUGGAAAAACUUUUCUCAAAACGGCUACGUGACGAUGUUCACCGAGGACCACCCAAAGAUCAAUGCCUUCAACUACUUGGCGCACGGCUUCAAGGAGCCCCCCACCGACUACUACACGAGGCCGUUCUGGCUGGCCAUGGAGGAUCUCGAUGAUGGCAUGUCCAAAGACUCCAGGUGCUACGGCCUUCGACCCAAGUUUGAAUUUCUCUUCAAUUAUUCCAGGGAAUUCUCAGCAAAAAUGCAAGAAGAAGGACACGCUUUCUUUUCGCUGACGUUCUUAUCUCUGCUUAGUCACGAUGAUAUUAAUUCUAUUAAGAUCAUUGAUGACAACAUUGUCGCACUAUUUCAAACGCUCGAGGCACAAAAGGUCUUCGAGAACUCGGUCGUGCUGGUCAUGGGAGACCACGGAAACAGAUUUGACCAGAUUCGUCGAACGGCCAUCGGCAGGGUGGAGGAGCGGAUGCCGUACCUGGCCGUGACGCUGCCGCCGUCGCUGGAGCGCUUCAGAAACGGCCUUAAGGCGAACGCGGACGUGCUGACCAGCUGGCACGACGUGCGCGAGAUGCUGCUCGACCUGGCCGUGGACAACCUGGGCGUAGAGUCGAAGGUGACGCGCCACGGGCUCAAGGGAAGUUCGCUGCUGCGGCCCAUCCCCAGCGACAGGACCUGCCUGGAGAUCGGAAUCCCCAGGGAGUACUGCGUGUGCUGGAUCGAGCAGGAGCUGAGCCCCCUAGAUUCGGGACUUAAGAAGAGUGCAGAAAUUUUGGUUAACAAAAUCAACCAAAUAAUAGAAGAGAGGGACAAAAAGGGACUGUGUGCUCGUCUGCAGCUGACAAAGGUGCACGGUGGGCAAAAACUCUUGCCAUCUGCCGCAGUCGGGGGCCGCGAUGGUCCCUCCGAUGUGACCAGAAUCAUGAUAUCAGUGUCGCCGUCGAACGCACUACUCGAGGGCACAGUGGAAACUGAUGCCAACGGAACUAGAAUAAUUGGAAAUGUGAACAGACUGAACAAAUACGGCAGCCAGUCCGAGUGUGUUGAUGAUCCUGCUCUUACUCUUAUUUGCUUUUGUAAAGGCAAAAUUUCACUCUUUAGCAUUGUUUUCUAGUCCUAAAAUCCUAGAUAGAAGAAAAAGUCGUCCCGAUGACUAUAAAUCUCGCAAGUACCAAAGGAAAAAGUGUUCAUUUUAUUGUUAUUAUAAUGUCUCAUCGCUAUGACUUAUUCAAGCGACUUGAAAAUAUUAAUUUAAGUAAUUUACGAUUUUGUUAAGAAACAAAAAUGUCUCAUAUAUAUGAGGAGCACAUCUUUUGAGGAGCACACCAUUUUAAAAAACAAAAUCAUUGAUCUGCUCUCUAUGAUGGUGAAAAUGAGAAUUUUCAUUUUCUUCUAAAUUUUCACAUAUGUAACAUGUGAUUAUUUUAAACUGUUAUGGCAUUAAAAGCUAAUUUUUAUAAAAAAAGUUUUUCAUAAUAUUCAUCGACUGCAGUUUUACUUACGCAAGCGAGUCUUGUGUGCUUUUAUAAAAAAAUAAGUUAUUUAUUCAGCGUUAUUAUGCAACCUGCACGGCUGUAAAAGCAUGCGUGUUGCGUGGAUAAUCAAGAAGGCGCGUUAUAAAAAGAUGAAAACAAACAAGCUCUCAUCAACAUUAGUCGCUCAGAGAUUUCCCGCGUUGACUAUUUGAGCUACUAUGACGUCUUUGCAGGACCCCUCCACUGCGACUUGAUAAUGUGUGUCACGUUGACACAACAUUGUUUCGUGGGUUUCGUGAUGUAAAAAAAUUAUAUCCACUCGCAAAGGCGCAAAAAUAAUAUUCUAGUUUUCAACCGCAUCAGAAUUUUUCAUGAUUGAUAGACAUCGUUCGAAUGUUAUGCAAAUUAAAAUAUUGGCAAAAAUAUUCGCUACGCAGCUAUAUAUUAUAAUACUGAGAGAGGCUGAUAUAUUGAAUGCAUGAAAGUGUUUAAAUAAUUUAAAAAUUGUUAGAAAUUAGAGGGACACUAAAUUCAAAUGACUCAAAAUUGAAAGUGAACAAAAAAUUGCUUUGUUGAAAAAUUGAAAUCCCUCAUCUAUAGUUCCCCUCUUUUUCUCUGCUAGUGCGCUUGUGGUGUCUCCCUUCCAUACACCAACCCAGCCACUCCUCCAAGCUCUGCACAGCACCUCCAGCUGAUUUUCAUACUAGUAUACAAUGUUGUAGUGAGUGAUUUCGAGUCUGCCAUGUUCAAGGGUUGGUGGCUGUGAAAAAAUGAUGAGACAGGUCGCCUCUUUGGGCCUGAGGCAAGUCCUCAGGGCGUCCGGACAGUCCAGCAUCAGCAGGGUCGUUGGACCUUCAAGGCUAG